AUGACUUGCCUGUUCUUUAUUCAUUGUUUUUCAUUCAUUUUUUUUUCUUGUCUUUCAGUGGCGUCUUUGUUUUUCUUAAGCGGAGAAGAUGCCGUAAAACAUCUUUUCUCACGAGAUACGCAUCUUCAAUUCGGUUUCGGUUCAUUGGCUACGGUUCUUGUUUUUUAUUUUCUCUUCGUUUGCUGGGCGGCUGGAACUUCCGUUUCUGGUGGAAUGCUCGUUCCAAUGCUUUGCCCUAUCGCUUCUCUAUCGCUGCGCUAUCGAUGCCCUAUUGCUGCUCUAUCGCUGCUCUAUCGCUGCCCUAUCGAUGCCCUAUUGCUGCUCUAUCGCUGCCCUAUUGCUGCUCUAUCGUUGCCCUAUCGCUGCUCUAUCGCUGCCCUAUCGAUGCCCUAUUGCUGCUCUAUCGUUGCCUUAUCGCUGCCCUAUUGCUGGUCUAUCGUUGCCCUAUCGCUGCCCUAUUGCUGCUCUAUCGCUGCCCUAUUGCUGCUCUAUCGCUUCUCUAUCGCUGCCCUACCGUUGCCCUAUUGCUGCUCUAUCGUUGCCCUAUCGCUGCCCUAUUGCUGCUCUAUCGCUUCUCUAUCGCUGCCCUAUCGUUGCCCUAUUGCUGCUCUAUCGCUGCUCUAUCGCUGCCCUAUCGUUGCCCUGAUGCUGCCCUAUCGCUGCUCUAUCGCUGCCCUAUCGUUGCCCUAUUGCUGCUCUAUCGUUGCCUUAUCGCUGCCCUAUUGCUGCUCUAUCUCUGCCCUAUCGUUGCCCUAUCGCUUCCCUAUUGCUGCUCUAUCGCUUCCCCAUCGCCGCCCCAUUGCUGCUCUAUCGCCGCCCCAUCGCUGCUCUAUUGCUGCUCUAUCGUUUCCUUAUCGCCGCCCCAUUGCUGCUCUAUCGCCGCUCUAUCGCCCCCAUCGUUGCCCCCAUUGCUGCUCAUCGCCGCCCCAUCGCCGCCCCCAUUGCUGCUCUAUCGCUGCUCUAUCGCCGCCCCAUCGUUGCCCUAUUGCUGCUCCAUUGUCGCCCUAUCGCCCCCCCAUUGCCGCUCUAUCGCCGCCCCAUUGCUGCUCUAUCGUUGCCCCAUUGCCGCUCUAUCGCUGCCCUAUCGCUGCCCUAUUGCUGCUCCAUCGCCGCCCUAUCGCCGCUCUAUUGCUGCUCUAUCGUUUCCUUAUCGCCGCCCCAUUGCUGCUCUAUCGCCGCUCCAUCGCCGCCCCAUCGUUGCCCUAUUGCUGCUCUAUCGCCGCCCCAUCGCCGCCCCAUUGCUGCUCUAUCGCUGCUCUAUCGCCGCCCCAUCGUUGCCCCAUUGCUGCUCUAUCGUUGCCUUAUCGCCGCCCCUAUUGCUGCUCUAUCGCUGCCCUAUUGCUGCUCUAUCGUUGCCCUAUUGCUGCUCUAUCGCUGCCCUAUCGCUGCCCUAUUGCUGCUCUAUCGCUGCCCUAUCGCUGCCCUAUUGCUGCUCUAUCGCUUCCCUAUCGCUGCUAUAUCGCUGCACUAUCGCUGUUAUAUCGCUGCCAUAUCGCUGCUCUAUCGCUGCUCUAUCGUUGCCCUAUCGCUGCUCUAUUUAUUGGCGCUCUUUAUGGACGGUUUGUUGGUUUGAUUCUGGUGAAGAUAUUGAUGUACAGCGGUAGUCAUGACCCACAGAUGUGGGCUUGGAUUGACCCCGGGGCAUUUGCUCUCAUAGGCGCGGCAUCUUUCUUUGGAGGAGUAACUCGAUUGACAAUGGCGGUGACUGUGAUCAUGGCAAGUUUUUUUUUCUUCUAA